AUGGAGGCCUGGACAGCAUGGAAGACGCCCUGGACAAAGGUCUACGAUACGACCAGACUGCUGGACGGCGCUAAGCUGAGCGAUACUUCUCCAUGCGUUGUUGAUGUUGGUGGAAAUACGGGGAUUGACAUUUCCCAUGUUCUCACCAAGCAUCCGGAUCUUCCUGCUGGAUCGCUGGUUUUGCAGGAUCUCCCGGAAGCAUUGCUAAUGCUCAGGUUGAUAAGAAGAUCACAGCUAUGGCGCAUGAUUUUUCCCUUCCCCAGCCUAUUAAAUGAAGCCGCGCAUACUUCAUGCACGCCGUCCUCCACGACUGGCCAGAUAACAAAUGAGGCGGAGGUUGCUUAG